CCAUCACUAGUUCUGACGUGACAAAGUUCUCCUCUCUCCUUGAAGGAAGGAAGGAAAGAAGGUUAUAAUGAUGCGGUCCUCCCUCCCCCUCCCCUUGAAUGGCGGACCUAGAGAUGUCUGCAAUACAAUAACGUUAACGCCUUUAUGAUCCUAAAAGUUUUCUGCUUUUCCUACUUGACAUCUGUGAUUUGAUUUGGAUUUGGAGAUUGAGAUUGAGAUUGAGGUUGAGAUGAGCGCCCCCAGGGACCUAGAAAAUCUGGAGCAGGUAUGCUCGCUGGAUAUACACCGAGUGCAGUCGAGUCGACUGCGGAAUGAGGGUCUGCCCGAGGAGGACGAGCUCCGAGUCGGCAUCGAGAGCAAGAUUGAGGUCGACGAGGCCGCGCGAAAGCAACGGGUCAUAUCAUUCUCGCCGGGAGAUCCGGAGAAUCCGCACAAUUGGUCUUCGGGGAAGAAAUGGUUCAUCACAGCUUCGGGAAUCCUCGCCGUGACGAAUAGCACCUUUGCGUCGUCGCUGCCGUCGGGGGCCCUGCCGUUUAUCCAGAAGGAUCUGGAUGUUGAGCGCGUGGAAGUCGCGGUGCUGACCAUCUCCGUCUUCCUGCUGGGUUAUUUCUUUGGACCGAUAUUGUUUGCGCCGUAUUCAGAGUGGGCCGGGAGGAGGACCGUCACGCUGGUCGCCUUUGGCUGGUUCGUCAUUGGCAGCAUUUGCUGCGCCGUUGCCCCGAAUAUCGAGGCACUGCUGGUGUUUAGGUUUCUCACUGGGAUGGGCGCCAGCGCGCCGAUGUCGGUGACAGGUGGCGUGCUGGCAGAUAUCUGGCACGAGCCGGAGCAGAGAGGGAGAACUAUGGCCGUAUUCUCGGCGGUUACGAUGAUAGGCCCCACCCUAUCCCCCGUCAUCGGCGGCUUCGUCUCCAACUCCCGACUGGGCUGGCGCAUGGUCUUCUGGAUAGAAGUGAUCGUCUCGGCUCUCUCGUUCAUCCCCUUAACCUUCUGUCCCGAGACAUUCGCACCGAUCCUGCUCCUGCGGAAAGCCCGCCGUCUCCGCUCGCAAGGCGCAACCGGCCUCAUCGCGCCCCUCGAGCUCGAAGACCGCUCCUUCAAAUCCUCGCUCAAAACCACGCUCUCGCGGCCGUUCCGCAUGUUCUUCUUCGAGGCGGUGGUCCUGCUAGUCUCGAUCUUCCUCAGCUUCGUCUACGGUGUAUUCUACCUAUUCUUUCAAUCCUACCCACUGAUCUACGAGGGGAUCUACCACUUCGGCCCUGGGAUCUCGGGGCUCCCGUUCAUCCCCGUCGGCGUGGGCGGGGGGCUCGCCUACUUCGCGGUACUGAUCUGGGACGCGCACCUGCGCAAGCUGACGGCGCGGGGGGAGACGUUCUCGGCGGAGUACCGCCGGCUGCCGCUCGCGUGCAUCGCGGGACCGAUCUACGUAAUCUCGAUGUUCUGGCAGGCGUGGACAGUGCGCGCCGACAUCCACUACCUCGUGCCGAUUGCUGCGGGCGUCCCGUUCGGCUUCGCCUUCGCUCUAUUGUUCAUCGCCCUGCUCAACUACAUCACCGACUUCUACGAGAUAUAUGCGGCUAGUGCACUCGCUGCUGCUAGCAUGUGUCGAUCACUAUUUGGUGCCGCGUUUCCCCUGUUCGCGAAACAUAUGUAUAAGGGAAUGGGAAUCAAUUGGGCCUCUAGCUUUUUGGGAAUGGUCGCCGCACUCCUGACAAUUUGUCCGUUUCUGUUUAUCAAAUAUGGUGAUGCGGUGCGCCGACGAUCGCGGUUCCACAGGUUUCUGCAGGAGCGGAAGGAGAUGUUUGAGCUCCGGGAAAAAGAGGAGGGGGAGGAGGCGAGUACCGCUACUUCUAGGACUGAGCAUGAGGGUGCCGAGGAGAUAAAGGAUGAUAUCGAGAAGGAGGGGAAGUAAGAGGGGAGACGAAGUGGGUAUGAGGGUUUUUCAUUGAGGUGGAGUGGAGUGGGUUUUGGCAUUGCAUUGGGAAAAUGGAUUAUGGUAUUAGAAUAGUAGCUCGGGGAGAGUAAUGGUCAUGUAGUCGUGUAUAAAAGCAUUGGGGGAGUGGAUAUAAACGGAAUAAUGAAUUUGG